UAUGUGAUGAUGACGGAAAAUAACAUAGAUGAUUUAACUAAUGACUGGUUCGCUGGUGGCUCGAAGAAACUAUCUACUGUUUUGCUACUAAGGAAUGAUCUUAGGACACUAGGAGACAAAGCGUUCCAAUCCUUAGAUGGCUUGCGAAUACUUUCGAUUACUGGAAAUUCUUUUAGAAAAAUAUCAAGAUCUGUGUUCCCUUCAAAUUCUAAAGUGCUAGAAAAUAUUGAUUUAUCGGACAAUAAAAUAAAAGAGAUUCCUUUUGGUUUGUUCAGCAAUAUGCCUGAAAUAGUCUACGUCAAUUUGGCUAAUAAUUGGAUUAAUACAGUUGAAGAGGAUGAAACCAUAUUGAAAAAGACACGAAUACAUUUAGUAGGAAAUCCAUUGAAAUGUGAUAAAAAUCUUGAGUGGAUCUGUAAGAAUGAAGUGACUUUGGAUAUCAAUACUGCUAAAUGUGAUUCACCUAAUUCAAUGAAGGAAUACUCUUUGAAAGUGUUUUGCGACGUAGCUGGAAAACAGGAUUAAUAUUUUUGACAAAAGAUAAAAUAUAAUUUAUGAUGAUUACUAACAAGAUGACAAACAUAUGAAGCAAUGAUAGUGUGGUAUAUCAAAUUCUGUGCAAAAUAAAUUAAAUUCUUUAUAUGA